AUGGAUUGCCCCUUCCAUGCGGCAAGGUGCUGCUUUCAACGCCGUCUGUUGUGGGUGCAGGCACUGCGAAGCUUGAGUGACCAUUCUCGCGGAGAAGCAACUAAGAAGGCCUUAGGCCUUCUGCGGAAUACCUUUUUGAAUGGAAGAGUGAUUGGGCAAGAUGGAGAGCCGGCAAAGUCUGUUCCCUUCGUGGUCAGCAUUGGCCGUCCGCUCCAGCGUCCAGCCCUAAGGGAGCUGCUGGGCUGUGAUGCCGGCUUUUCGGACAACGUAGAACAGUCGAAGUGUCUCUCCUCGGGUAUAACUAAGGACAAGGCGGCCACAAAGGAUCUAAAGGGAACGUCAGAGCCAUCCUGGCGUCAGCUGUGCGCGGCAACAAACAUCGGACUCGAAAGGCUGGGAUCCAGUGCCGUAUUGCUCACUCUCGAGCUGCCUUCAACUGUAAAUGAUCAGGAAAAGGACGGGGUAUCUACGGUAGAGAGAGAAGACACGUCAACACGGUAUAAUCAGGAGCUGCGCUCCUCAGAAGGCCCAUCGGCAGAAAAUUCCGUUGCCGAUUCCCGUAUGGUAACAACAAGGGAAGGUAAUGGGUCAACAGAAAACUUAGGGUAUGCUUCGGAGAGCAUGAAUGCUUUGACAGAAGCGGCUAUGAUCGAAGCCGUUGCACACACAUUAGUUGAGGCAGCCGACAUCCUGGUUAUACCUCUGCUUAGUAAUGGGCUUGAUUGCACAUCGCGAUUGAAUGACUCUUUGGAAGAUCACGAAUUUGGAGAGCUUCUUUGCAUGGGGAAUGCUGCAAGAGGAACCGAGGGCAGGCCGCAUACAGAACUGGGCAAUAGUCAAACAGGGUACAGUUGUGGACAAUUACCUCGGGCUGAUAUCAAGCCCGUGGAUGAUCGGGUUCUUCUUCCAGAAGAUGUUUUACAGCUGUUGCAGGCAAUGCGACAGCUGGUUAACGAUGACGGGUAUCAUGGUGGGACCAGCAUUAGUACGAGACAGCCCUGCAUCCAGCCAAACGCCCCCAAGCGACUACCGUGCCCGGGAGCAACCCGACAUCGCCGGUUGCCGUUCGUCGUCAUCGUCCUGGAGGGGCGAGUGUCUCAGUCAAAGCAGGAGGCUAUUCGUGCAGAAAUUCGCACCCAACUGGGCACCCCUGAAGGCAAGCUCACCAGAGUAACGGUGGUCGGCGUGCAGCCACCAGAGGGCAAGGAUGCUCGGGAUGAAAUGGGCCGUCUGAUACAAGGGGUUGAACCACGGAACGCUUCAGUGGCGCACAUUGCUGAUGCAUUGGCAGCUCUACUCACCAGACAAUAUGUUUCAGGUCUUCCCAACACUUCUGAGUUUGCUGCACAUGCUCUCUCCUCCAACGUCUGCGCGGCGGCCUUUAGGCAAUCCCUGGCAGAUGCGAGGAACGGAUUACACCAGCUCCAACGACGAAAUUUGCAGAACGCUUCGACGCAGCCAUUCGGUUCAGUAGCCCAAAGAAUCCUAUCUGAGGCAUUGACCUUUUACGACUACCGGACCCGGAGAGCACUCCGCAAGGAGUUGAAGGGUUGUCUUGAGAGAGAAAUCCGUGCUAUAUUCCUUAGGGAAGCCCUGGAGAUAGAAAGCAAUAUCAGGCAAGGUCUUCGAGCAGAACUGAUUGCUGUAUUGCAGAAGGACGCACGACACUUUGAAUCUCUGGCAACAGGAGUUAUUAGAAAGGCGUUGAUGACACUGGAUCAGCGACUGAGGCACCUGCUACCCAACGUGGCUGGCUCCACGGUUCAGCGGUCUAUGGAUUCACAGUCUGCUAACCACGUCACGCAUCGAACAGCUACUGAGCAGCCCGUUCGUGGGGUGGCAUCCGAUGCAAAGGCUGGCUGGAACAUCCAGCAGUUCCGCAACUUAUCCCACUCUCUGCUUGAAAUCUAUUUUCUGCUUCUUCAGAAGUCCGCUAGGGACUUUUCCGCAAUGGCAGCGGAAUUAUCUGGGUCUCCCCUUGGCAUGUUGCUUCGUCAGCAGCAACUAUUCUCAUUCAUUCACUGGCUUGCAGGGAUGCAAAACCUUUUUCGUGGUAUGAUUGAUCCUGUGUGCGCUUCCAGGUUUACAAACGAUGGCGAAGUGCUUGAGAGCGGCCGGCAUGCAUCUUUCCGCUUACAGCCGAAACUUCAUUUUGAUGUAGAAGUAGAUUGA